AUGGCGAUGAUGAUCAUCAAGAAUCAUGUAAGAUCGAUAAGUUUACCUUCAAGAUCUCAUCCUAGCACAGCAGCGAUCGAGGAAUCGCUCGACAAGCUUCUUAUCACUAUGAACACGAAGACGAUGGCGUCAUCAUCUGAAUCGGUUUACUCCGGUUUAAAAGGGCUGGAGGAUCUGUACGACUGUACGGAGGAUUUAUUGAAGAUGGGUCCGACACAAAGUGUGUUAUCGUUUAAUGACGAGAGAAAGAAGAUUCAGAGAGAGUUUAUGGAGGAAAUGCUUGAUGGUUCAUUGAGGCUAAUGGAUAUAUGCAACGUCUCGAGAGAUCUUAUUGUUGAGACUCAUGAGCACGUACUUGUUCUUCAGUCUCGUGCUAGGAGAAGGAAAGAUGUCGAUUACUCGGGCUAUGUGGGUUUUAGGAAGAACAUGAGGAAAGAAGUGAAGAAGCUUCUUGGAUCAUUGAAGAACAUUAAUGUAGGGUUAGCGAUGAGAGAACGUGAUCAUGAUCAAGACGGGGAUGUUCAAUUUUUAGCCGUGAUUCACACUAUGAGACGUGUCGUUUCGAUGACCGUUUCGGUCUUGAAGUCUUUCUUGGAGUUCUUGUCGGGACGACAAAACGGGAAGGACAUAAGGAGCAAGUUGGCUAUGGUACUCAUCAUGAACAAGAAGUUUCAUGAUCACGAUUUGAUCGUCAAGAAUGAGUUAAAGAGUGUAGAUUCAGCGAUUUCUGGAGAUUCUUGCUCUCAAGAAGAUCUUCAUAAAAAGCUUGAGGACCUCGAGGUAUUGAUUGGAAGGUUUGAUCAAAGUCUAGAAGGAUUGUUUCGAGGGUUGAUCAGAACACGGGCCUCGCUUCUCAACAUAAUAUCUCAACAGAUGUAUAUGUAA